CGCGCGCGCGUGCCAUGGCGGCCCCUCCGGCGGGGGCGGCCCCCGGACCCCGGAGGGACGCGCUCCAGGCGCGCAGGGAGGCCUCCUGCAGCACCCGCGGAGGCCGCUGUCCCCGCGGGGGGCGGGGGCCCGGCGGAUACUUCGCGGACCUCGCGGGGCGCGAGAACGAGAAGACCACGAAGGUCUCGGGCGACCGCUUGGUGGAGCUGAGCUACAUCAACCGCAGCCUCAUGUGGCUGACCACGUGCAUACAGGCGCUGGGCGCCGCGGGCAGGGCCAGCAAGCAGCGCUCCUCCGGCGCGGACGAGGGGGAUUCCCUGGCGCCCAAGAGGCCCGCAGCCGAACUGACGAGGUUCCGAAACUCCAAGCUCACGCUCCUCCUGUACAACGCGCUCAGCGGCAACUCGCGCACGGCCAUGAUCGGCACCCUAAGCCCGGCGGCAGCAAACUUCGAGGAGACAUACAGCACCCUCAAGUUCGCAUCCACGGUCAAGAAAAUCAAGUUGGAAGCAAAGACCGCCGUCGCCGUCAACAAGGACCUGCUCGUGAGGCAGCUCGAGGAGGAGGUCAGAGAGCUGAAGGAAAAGCUCGGCGCAUCGAGUGUCGAGCAACUCCACGCCGAUCUGGCGGACGAGGUGUGGGCGAUGGAGGCGCUUCGCGGCCAGCGAAAUGUGAGCCCAAUGCAGUCAGAGGGAGGCGUUUGGGGAUCGAUCCUCCCUUCCUCCACCCUCCUCUUCGUCCUCUCCUCUCUCCUCCUUCCUUCCUCCUCCCCCCCGUGCAAAGGGGCUCUGCCUGACUGCGUUGGACAUGACGGCGACGAUGAUGAUGAUGAUGAUGAUGAUGAUGAUGAUGAUGAUGAUGAUGAUGAUGAUGAUGAUGAUGAUGAUGAUGAUGAUGAUGAUGAUGAAAAUGAUGUGUGUUGCUUUUGGAGGCUUUGGCGGCCAGCGAGAAGAUGGACAGGUCUGACUACGAGAAGGCGAGCGUGA